ACGAAGACUAACGAACAGCGCUUGAAGAUCUCUCACUGAAUCGAUAAAAAAUUGAAACUUGAUUCCUACCCUCAACAGUGUGCGUAUUAUUUGAUUAUAGUUUUCACUGAUCCGCAAGUGGGUCGAACCAAAACAAAAACUUGCAUUUGUUAAUGUUAACGUUGGUGUGGCACUGAGAUGGGUUUGCCAAGGUUUGGGCGUGCUAAGAAUGAUGGUGAAUUGAGUUCAAACCUUUAUGUGGCGAAUUGUGGGCCAGCUGUGGGGCUUUGUAAUGAUGAAAUUGCAUCUGUGUUCUGCAAAUUUGGGGAGCUCAAGGGAGUUUAUGCAGCUGAUGAGAGUGGGACACGUGUCAUUGUAUCUUUCGUUGAAGAGGGUUCUGCACAUGCUGCUUUAAAGGCUUUAGAUGGACGCCCAUGUCCCCAACUUGGAGGUAGAUCCUUGCAUAUCCGCUAUUCAGUGCUUCAGCCAACUCCACAGGAUCAAGCUAGUGACUUGGUUCCUGUGUCUUUGACAGCAUCAGAUCUGAGCAUUCCAGGCAUUUACCUAGUGCAUGACUUCCUUAGUGCUAAAGAAGAAGAGGAAUUGCUCCAAACUGUUGACUGUAGGCCUUGGAACAGUCUUUCAAAAAGAAGGGUUCAACACUAUGGUUACGAGUUUUGUUAUGAUACUAGGAAUGUUAAUACAAGACAUUGCUUAGGUGAACUUCCUUCAUUUGUUUCUCCAAUACUAGAAAGAAUCUCAUCAUGUCCAACUUUCAAUAAUGUUAAAAAUAUAGUUUUGGACCAACUUACGGUAAAUGAGUACCCACCUGGAGUGGGUUUGUCCCCCCAUAUAGACACUCACUCUGCAUUUGAAGAUUUAAUUUUCAGCCUUUCGUUGUCUGGGCCUUGUAUAAUGGAGUUCAGAAGAUAUGAAAAUGGUGAUUGGCAUCCUAGAGUUGCCUCAAGUGCUGCUGCAAAACAAGAAAGUCAUGAAGAUGAUUCAAAUUUUAUAAGGAGGGUUAUCUAUCUUCCCCCACGAUCUUUGCUACUCUUGUCUGGAGAAGCACGUUAUGCAUGGCAUCAUUACAUUCCGCACCACAAGAUAGACACAGUGAAUGGCAGAAUCAUCAGAAGGGCUUCAAGAAGGGUAUCUUUUACAUUUCGUAAGGUUAGAGCAGGUUUGUGUAAAUGUGAAUUUCCUCAGUAUUGCGACUCUAAAAAAUAAGGCUUCACUAUGGGGGCAAGGAGGAGAUUUACAAUGUAAUUCAUCAAAUAUUUCUCAUUGAGAGUUGCAACGAGUAAAACCUGAGGUGUGUUCUUCAUUUUUCAGUUGUUUCUUGAUAUUAUAAUGCUUACAUAAUACGGGAUGUUUCUUGGAUUAGGAAUCUUUGCAUGGACAAUUCUGGGCUUUAGGGUGGUUUUUAUCCUCUAUAGGCGAUUAUACAACCCACCAGUUCUCAACCAAAUGUUCACUCAGUUCUGUAUCUUCAUUAAUACCACCAGCUCUGGCAUAUGUUAAUAAUGAUAGGCAUACUUGAUACGUCUAGGCUACUUUCGUCUAACCCUGUUAUUCUUCCUCUUGCCUCUAUUUCCAACUUUCAAGGCCCUACAUUUCUGUUUCUACAACUGAAUUUGAAUUUUCCUCUGGAUAGUAUCAAGUAUAUGCAAUAACUUUUAACUUGAGCAGUAGGGAUCAACUGCGAUGUGGUUUACUGCUUAGGAUAAACACCUCUGCAGCCUAUAACCUUCCGUUUAAAUUCUCCGAAUCUAAUGGUGAUCAUCUCUUGUAGCUGUACACCUAAUUGCUUAAGUAGGAUUUCUUUUGUAUCCUUUACACAGGUGAUAAUCCCUCCAUUGGUUUUACUCGACCAAACAUGCAAGAAUGACAAAGGAGAAAAAUAACAAGAUGGGCAGUUAUAAUGAGAAGACCAUGAGACUUGAGCUAAUUUUGAGCGGAUAUUCCAGACGUUAGUACUUCAAUCAUUUUUCAGUUGUAGCUUGUUUGCCUAGUUUGCGUGUUCACGUUAAUCUACUUUGUACUUUGAUUUUCUCGUGCUUUUUUUGGGAGCCCUUGUAAUUUAAUGUUCAGAUGGCACGCUAUACUCACCAAAUUAGCUAUAUCAUUGAUUCAAAAAAAUUUGUAUACAUGAACUUAAAUGCAAGUUUCCCAAUGGAAU